GCACUUGGGAAAAAAUGUUUAUGAGUAAAAGGGUCCUAGAUCCCCAUCUGCACUGUGCUGAAUUCAGAGCGAGCCCCCUCCAGAGCAGGAGGGGCCCUCGGCAUGUGGGACUGAGCUCUCUUUUCUUUAUCUUCCCUCUAGGACAUCAGAAGCACCUUGAGCAGGUGUGAGAAGGGGAAGGUCCAGCAGCCCGUGGAGAUGUCUUCGGAGCUGGAAAAGAGACUCGGAGAGUUGUCUCAGAAUAAUAGUGCUCUAGCGGAGACUCUGAAGAAGUUCAAAGACACUCUGCCGUCUGAACUGGAGAAAAGAAGAAGGGAAUCCCUAGGAUUGCACAGACAGGUGAAUGUGACUCUGGAUCCAGACACAGCUCAUCCCGAACUCAUCAUGUCAGAGGACUGGAAAAGUGCAAGAAGGGGAUUCACAGAGGAGGAUCUACCCGACAAUCCGGAUCGAUUUGACAUUUUGCCCUGUGUGCUGGGCUGUGAGGGAUUCACCUCGGGGAGACAUUGCUGGGAGGUGGAGGUGGGGGGUGGGCGAUUCUGGGCCGUGGGGGUGGCCAGAGAGUCUGUGAGGAGGAAGGGAUGGAUCAGCCGUAGCCCUGAGGGAGGGAUCUGGGCUGUGGAGCGGUGUGGAGAUCAAUACCAGGCUCUCACCUCCCCUGAGACCCCCCUGCCCCUGAGCCAGGCCCCCAGCAGGAUCCGGGUUUCUCUGGACUGUGAACGGGGGCAGGUGACAUUUUUCGAUGCUGAGAACCAGGGCCCAAUCUUCACUUUCCCGCCCGCCUCUUUCAUUGGGGAGAGAAGCCUACCCUGGCUCCAGGUGGGGAGAUCCUGGCUCAGACUGUGGCCCUAAGACACAGGUGGGAAAUAUCCCCCCUGGGGACUCUGAAGUCAGCCUCUCUAGCCUCAAACGUCCUCGUCUCCAUGACCCCGGCGCCUCCAUGGGGGACAAUGGAUCGUCAAACCGUAGAGAGGAAGCAGCGAUGGAGAUGGAGACGUCAGGUUUUGCCCCUCUAGACUCUGCAGCCUAUUUCUCACUGUCCUCCAUAGUCAGGAAGACUCUGGGAUCCCAGCUCAGGCACUGAGAUACUGGGGAAUAGCCUUCCGGGAAUUAAAAGAUGGGUUUCUUUAGCCACCAUCAUCCAUGUCUCCAAGUCUCCAUGACCUUGGAGGACUCCUUUCUCCCCAUUCUCCUGGCCUCUCCUAUCUCUCACCCCCUGAAAGCUCAUCCCUCUCCUUGCCAGCACUAGGGGUGGGAAUGGGGUGGGUAAAGAACCACUGAAGCUGCAGGAAGAGCAGAGGGGCCCUGAGGGACAGGCCAAUGUGGGGGUUGCAGGGGUCACAAUGGGGUGUGGGGCAGAAUUGCACUAGUGCCAACCUCAAGAGAUCAACAAUUUUGAGACUGCCCUAUAAAGCGUGAGUUUUUAAUAAAACAUCAUAUGUUUUUUAGUC